AUACGGAAGAGUAACACAGGUCCAAUUCGUGUGAGGGAAGACAGCAGUGAACAGAACCAACUAGUAUCUGUUUCCACCGAGCACUUACAGGCAUGCCCUAUCAGGCCAGACGGAAACCGCGAUCGACGACAAUCAAAAUCCGCGCUGUCCUGUUUCUCUUUAUGUCAUCGUCUGCGUAAACGGUAUUCUAAAAGUGAACGUGCAACCGGGCACGAUCACGGAUCCGCCCGACCGACUGCGGAUUGGCAAACGUCUAAAGAACCCACCCACGUCACAGUAGUCCGGGAACCGCUACCCGCACCAUUGAAAGAAAACUCCGGCCAGCAACCAAAACCCGUUUUAAAGGGGAUAACGAAACAAAUCAAACCCGCGGUUUCAUCCGAGACACAAAUAUCCACCCUGACAGAUUCCCACAGAAAGAAUCGAUCAAAACCGUCUGGUGAUAUGCCGGAAACCACUUCAAUGACCUCGGACAUAUCGACACCUCGGUCGCGAAACACGAUUGAAACCAAUGAUGCUGAUAACUCGAUGGAUUCACAAAUCGGACUGUUGUCCUCGGUGAAAAAUCUGCAAACUACCAAAGGCGAUGGUUGUUUUGAGAGAGUAAACGUGAACGACGAGAAGGGUCUCAGGUAUGCUGUGGAACAUUGCGAACGAAGAUUAGAACGACUCUACGGACGAUUAAUUUGGCUCCGGAACACUGAAAGCCUGACAAUUACAACUUCCACUCCGUCCACUAUCGUUUCAAAAUCGAACCGAGUCAAAAGCGCGGUGAAUGAGGAAAAGAUAAAAGAACCGGUAGAUAAAGAAAGUACCGUGGACAUGUGUCUAAUGCAAAAACAAUUGAAAAGUCUUUCAAUGCGAGUGCGGGAUCUGAACUGUCAGGUUGAAACAUUUUCUUUUUUGAGCUGGAUCGGACUGAUACAGGAGCCUAACACAAAUCAAAUGUCCGUCCCGGGUAUACGUGCUCCACCGGCCAAUCCCAAAUUGUAUCUCACUCGACGGCCGGAUAGUGAUGCUCGGGAGACUGCAAGAGAAUACAAACGUCUGUGCGAGCACCCGAUUUCCGAUCCAGUACGAUUGGAUCUGAGACGAGCUACAUUUAAUAACUGGCCAUGGAGUGAUUCUUGGCUCAUCCGGUUCGUGCGUCAAAUGUUUGUUGAUUUGGGAUUCGUGGAGGAAUUCGCAUUGCCCAUGAAACGCCUGGAUUUGUGGCUGUGUGAUAUCUAUCGGAGAUAUAAUCGAGUUCCUUUUCACAACUAUAAGCAUGCAUUCAUGGUCACGCAGAUGUGCUACGCUUUGCUCUGGGGCGCAAAACUCACAGAAAGCCUUACUAAAGAAGAUCAACUCACUCUACUGGUUUCCGCUAUUUGUCAUGAUCUGGAUCAUCCAGGAUUCAACAACGCCUACCAGAUUAAUGCAGGGACGGAGCUUGCUAUGCGGUACAAUGACCAAAGCCCGUUGGAGAACCACCAUUGCGCUACCGCAUUUGACAUCCUGAGCCACUGCGAGGCCAACCCGUUUGAGCAUUUAGAUUUUGAUACAAUGAAAAAAAUUCGUGAGGGUGUAAUCAGGUGUAUUCUGGCAACUGAUAUGUCACGGCACAACGAGAUCAUGAGUCAGUUUAGCAGUGUGGUGCUCAGUGACCUUGACUCUGCGUGGGAAAUAGACGAAGAGACUAAGCAACCACUUUGGGCCACGGAAAAAACAAAACGGGAUCUGGUAAUGAUGAUUCUGAUCAAAGUCUGUGAUAUUUCCAACGAAGCUCGACCGCUCACAGUGGCUGGUCCUUGGAUUGAUCGACUGCUGGCCGAAUUCUUCCAUCAGAGUGAUUAUGAAAAACUGGUUGGUCUACCGGUGGCGCCGUUUAUGGAUAGAGAAAAAGUAACCAAAUCGGCCAGCCAAUGUGGUUUCAUUCGGUUCGUGAUUUUGCCGCUUUUUGAAUCCCUGGCCAAACUGCUGCCCCCGGUCAAAGCUCUGUUGGUGCAACCAGCACUGGAACAGUUAAGCUAUUACACCGAAAUGCAAAUCAUUGAUGAGCAACAAGAAUCGCAAAAAGCUGAGGAAAAAAUGGACGAUGUCCCAACCAAUCAGCCAGAAGAAACCAGUUGA